AUGGGUUGCACGGUGAGAGAAAAGCACAUCAGAGCUAAUCGGAGACCUCGAUCGGUGAAACCCGAUUCCGAUUCUUCCGAUAACAAAGACGCAAUAUCCAAAUCCAUAGCCGAGUCUGGUCUCAAACCCUUCAAGUACGAUAUUUCUCGCGUCGAUUCCUCUUCUUCCCACACUCUUGUUCCUCUCCCCUAUCCAAACCCUAAUUCCGAUGAAACCGGUUGGGGUUACUGUACCGAGGAGCAAUUAGAAGAGAUCCUUUUGAAGAAUUUGGAGUUCGUUUACAAUGAAGCUGUUUCGAAGAUUGUUGCUUUGGGUUACGAUGAAGAUGCUGCUUUGAAAGUCAUUUUGCGGAAUGGUCAUUGUUAUGGUGGUAUGGAUGUUUUGACUAACAUUUUGCAUAAUUCUUUGUCGUAUUUGAAUACCAGUGGUAGUGUUGCUGGUGGUGUUGGUUUUGGUGAUGGGGUUAGUAGUAAUAGGAAUUCCGAUGAGACUGAGCCUGUUUUCUCUGAUUUGAGGCAUUUGGAGGAAUACUCUUUGGCUGGUAUGGUGUGUUUGUUGCAACAGGUUAGGCCUAAUUUGAGUAAAGGUGAUGCAAUGUGGUGUUUGCUUAUGAGUGAUCUUCAUGUAGGGAAAGCUAGCACUAUGGAGAUUCCUGUGCCAGGGGGUGCGGUUCCUAGUCGGCCGCCUGCUAUUGUCGAGUCUGGCCAGUCUGGUCGUAGUUCUGUUGGUGUUAGGGCUUCUCCACUGUGUAAGUUUCAUGGGGGUUGGGGAUUUGAAAAUGGGGAUUAUCCGACGAAUAGGGUAUUGAAUUGCGGUCCGGAUUUGCAAAGAGAGAUUGAAUUCCCAAAGAGGUUUGAUCUUUCACCUUCCAUGAAGGACUUGUUGAAGAGAAAUGUUACAAUGUUUGCUGCUGGUUUUAGAGCAAACACCAAACUGCAGUUGCAGGCGAAGGCCAACCUUCCUGGCCGUAGCGCUAUGUCUAAUUUGGAUUCUCCGGUUGUAUCCGGGCCUGAUGUCACUGUUGAUCAGUGUGGACAUUCUCGGUUUCCUGAUAACCAAGAUGCUGUGAACUCGGUGCUGAGUAAAUUUCGUGAUUUGAAUCUUGAUGAGAAUUUGGAGUUUGCGGCAGAGGAUCAGAAGGAUGAGGUGAUAGUAAGUAUAUUUCAUCAGAUAAAAGAUUUGGAGAAACAGGCCAAAGAACGGAAAGAAUGGGCUCAUCUGAAAGCACUGCAAGCGGCAAAGAAGCUAAGCGGUGAUAUGACUGAACUCAAAACGUUACGGAUGGAAAGAGAAGAGACCCAAAAAUUGAAGAAAGGGAAACAGGCACUUGAGGACACAACCAUGAAGAAACUCUCAGAGAUGGAGAAUGCUUUGAGAAAGGCUAGUGGUCAAGUGGACCGUGCAAAUGGAGCUGUGAGAAGAUUAGAGACUGAAAAUGCAGAAAUCAGAGCAGAGAUGGAGGCUUCCAAAUUAAGUGCAUCAGAGUCAGUGACAGCUUGCUUAGAAGUUGCGAAAAAGGAGAAAAAGUGCUUAAAGAAACUUCUAGCUUGGGAAAAACAGAAGGCUAAGCUACAGAAGGAGGUUUCCAAUAUGAAAGAGAAGAUAUCAGAGGCACAAGAAGUGUUGGCUCAGACUUCGCAGCGCCAAAAAGAAGCCGAGGUUAAAUGGAAGGAGGAGUUGAAGGCUCAAGAAGAUGCCUUGGCACUAGUUGAGGAGGAGCGCCGAGCCAAGGAAACAGCUGAAUCAAAUAAUAAGAGGGGAUUUGAGGCUUUGCGUCUGAAGAUAGACAUAGAUUUCCAGCGCCACAAGGAUGAUCUACGCAGACUUGAGCAUGAUCUUUCACGCCUUAAAGCAUCUGUUCAUUCUGCUGUGUUGCAGCACCAGUCAAUUACUUCACCUGUAAGUGACUUUGAGGGUACAAAGCCUCAAAGAGAGUCAAUUGCUAAGCUGCUUCUGGAUUUGGAUAACCUGGAUGAUUUAUCAGAAAAAGAAGCUAAUAACAACAGAGAAUGCAUUAUAUGUAUGAAAGAUGAGGUCUCCGUUGUUUUCUUGCCAUGUGCUCACCAAGUCAUGUGUGCUAAAUGCAGUGAUGAGUAUGGAAAAAAGGGAAAGGCUUCUUGUCCUUGCUGCCGGGUUCAAAUCCAACAGAGAAUCCGUGUAUUUGGGGCAUCCUCUUAG